AUGGCUUUCUCAACAAAUCCAUCAGACAAACUCCCUCUGACCUUCGGCGUCGAAAUCGAAUACGUCUUUGGUGUCAACAAGGACGUCGUCUGUUCCAACCCAGUUUACCACUGGCUGUUUCCACAGAACUGCUCUCUUUACCCAAAUUCUGCCAAUCCUGCCAACUUCGACCCGACGCUGGAUGCGCAUAAAGGUCUUCUGCAAGCCGUCAAAAUUCUGCGAAGCAAAGGUGCUCGACUAGGUGUGAUAGUCCAUCAAGGCAGUCAAGAAGAGUCCUUUGACCUGUAUUCGCAAUGGCACAUGUCCACGGACAGCUCGGUAAGAUUUCCUGCCAAUGCCUACGAUCUGGAACGAUUUUCCGGGGGUAGAAUCAGGGAAUGGCGAGGCUGGGAGUUCUCGGGGUUGGAGCUCAUUUCUCCCGCUCUACCGGUCCCUGAGUUCGACUUGCAUCACUUUCAUCCCUACGGUCUCGCUGAAGUCCAAACCUACCUCGGGUUCAUGACUCAGCCCCGGCCUGAGGGUACCCCUUACUUUUUCCUGUCCGGUCCAGAGGCCGCUGGUGUUCAUGUCCACAUCGGUUUGCAACCACAGCCUGAUGGCCAAACUGACCUCCCUCUUGGACUUCUGCGCCAUCUCGCCUUUAUCUGCCUAGCUUUCGAGGAUACCAUAACUUUGCUGCAUCAUCCGCAACGGCAUAGUUAUCCUGCGUCCUAUUCUCGUCGCCAUAUCGGGACCAAUCGCUUCGUGGGAAGCUUGCCUCAUACCUUUCCGCGCCACCAUUGCAAGGAAGGGCCCGGAUUUUCGCUCGAAGACGCAUUCCUUCGCAUUUUCCGAGCGAAGACCAGCCACGAGCUUGUGGAAUUGCUGACAACGAUUCCGGCAGAAAACAAAGGGAACUACCGGUAUAUGGUCCGAGAAUGCUUUGUGAACUUUACCAACUGCUUCGAAUUCAUCCAUACAGGGGAAAAGAGGACUGUCGAGUUCCGACAGCAUCAUGGGACGCUUGCGAUAAAAGACAUUGCCCAUUGGGUUGUUUUCCUCACGGCUCUAGCACGGACGGCGGAGCGCAAAGCGAAUGAGGAACCAAGACCCAACCCCACCUUGCCCCCCUCGCUUGCACCCAAGAUUCUCUCAGCUAGUCUAGGUACGCAGGUUGAGCCCUUGAAGACUGGAGUGUUGGAUACCCCUAUUGACGCACUUUGGCAGGACACUGCAUCACAUCUUGAAAGUUUGACCACGAUCAUUCGGGAGGCAUCCAAGUACCCAGACUUGUUCCAGACCGGUAAGAAAAGAACGCUCAAGGAGCUUUUUGAUCUGUUGCAACUCCCACGUGUCUAUAGACAAUACUGGUGGGAGCGUGCUAAGCAGUUCAGGGCCGAAUGGGCCGCUGGCUGGCGAGGGACGGGGACUUGCGAAGGCCAACUUCCUUGCAGAAAUGAUGACGUGAGGGAUAACGAAGGCUGGGCUCAUGGUGAGUUGGAUGUUCCUCCCUGGGAUGUUGACGAAGCCGGUGCCAGCACUGGCGGCGAUGGUCCUGCUUCUUCUGGUCGCCCUCCAUUUGCUCAGUUGUGCAUACUUGCUAACCAGCUUAUAGAUCUCGAGCCUUGGGAUUUUGCGGCUGUCAUGCAGUCCGAGGGCUGGCCUGAUGGACCGUUCUAUGGGGCGUCUUCGGACGUCAAUACGGCUCGCACCGGUGCCGCUGCUACUGCUGCUGCUGGAGCCGGUCAAUUUGCUAACCAGUCUACAGAUGUCGACAUGACCGAUGACGAUCUUCCCACAACUACGACCGGGGUAGGACCGUCGUCAUCACCGCACAGUUCUCGCGCAAAUGUCAUGUCAAUUUCAGCCAUCACCAAUUAG